GUCCGCGACACAUGUCGCGCACUUGCGCAGUCGUAGACUGGGCGCAGCGCGCGCGACGCGCGUUUAGUGUUGAAUUACUUUUGCCGGUCUACUACGAACUUCUGAUUAAAAUGUGUAAAUUGUGACCGUGUUUGUGUUUACACUUGUCGCAAAGACGCUAAUAAAACUGUAUAAUUUAUAAAGUAUUGAAGUUAGAAACUAUUUACAACUUUUGUAGAGUAUUUACGAUCAAAUAGUUUUGAUAUCACAAAUGUUAGUGGAAUUUAGUUUAGCACACUUAAUACGUAAUUAAUUAUAGAAUGCAAUCAUACAUAUUAUAAUCAACAUUGAUUAUUUUCGACUAGAAACUUUCGGCAGCUUUGAAAAUUAUUUAUAUAGGCAUAGUGUCAAUGCUUCACAAAGUCUCCACCGCAAAGCUCAAAAUUUAAUAAAGUUAGAAGAUUCCCUGACGCACAAUUUAUCAUGAUCAAGUACAUUUUCUAUAUGAGUGUAUCUUAAAGAUCUAAAUACUUUGGGUCCAACAUAGCACGCUCAAGUUCAUUCGUUAUUCAAACCGUGGGCGUUAUUUAAAUUCGGCGUAGGUACCCACCGAAGCGUCGAACUUGUCUCAUUUUACACUUGCAGGACUUUCCUGUUUGAAAAUUCAUGUGAAGUGUUGAAAUACAAUGUGAUAUAAGAGUUUGUUGUUCUGUGGUCACGGGCAUAUGGGGCAAUGCGUGUCCCGGGGUCAUCCGGGCCCGGGGUUCAACAGAAAAUACCUCCGGCACUUCGACGCUGAGAGUCUAGCGAAUAGCGUCAUUGUUACAAAGAAGGGUCACUCUGAGUCGAAAGGUGCAAAGAAACGCGACAAAAGCGCCAGUGGCAAUGGCAACAGUAAGCUCACUCGCGGCGUGGCGACUUCCUUCGGGUUCCGCCGACGACCAGCGAGCACAUCUCGCGCUGACGACAACGCGCGACGCAAGCAGAAACAACACGACAAGAACGGUAAUGGAGGUUCAACAGAAGAUUUGCGCGGAGAUGAUGUUCUGUCGGGCAGGUCUACUCCACUUGCGAGACCCCGCAAGGAGACCGCUGGCCAACCACUACGUACCAACAGGUUCGGUUUCAGACAGUCGCACGCGAAGACGGCGAAGGUGGGCGAUUUAACCCUUGCAGCCGAGCAAGCGUUUGAAGCCCCGAACGACAAGGAUACGGCACUCAACAACAACGCACUUGAUAAGAAAAUCACGAGUAAUUAUCACCAGCUACCUCUCGUCGCUACGCAAGUGUCAUCAGGAGGCGUCACCAACAUAGUAGGGGCGGCUGGUCUACCGAAGGCCGUCACCAAGCAAACAGUUAUAUUAACUUACCAGUCGCAACAAUACGCUCCCCAGGCUGGUCAAACUAAAGCCGAUGCGACAGGCGUGCGUGCUACACCUCCGAAGACACAACCUCCCGGGAAAUACACAUUCCAAACAAACCAACUUCCGAGACCCCAGUAUCCGGCUGUCAAAAAUAUCGACGCUAAGGCCACUAAACAGGUGGUAAAUAAUACAAGGAAAUCGAACACUACUGAUGGAUGGAGAGAAGGUGCGGGCUCAGCGAUUUCAACUGAUUCGGGUGUAUGGACCGGAGGUGAAGGACCCGCGGGCUGCGAAUCACCGCAUGCGCGCCGCAGACCUCGGAACUUGGAGAUGGUGAUGAGAGGAUCACAUACCUUCCAUCUACGAGAGUUGCAAGUCGCCGAUCUUGAUAUUAUGGAUGACGCAGUAGUUACGGGCCACGCAGUAAUCCCUCUUCCAAAGCUACCCAGUUCCUUCGAUAGUGAGCCCUCGCCAGAUUAUGAAGCACCGGCUCCAAUCUACGACCCGCCUUCGCCAAUACUACCCAAGCCUAUUCAGAUACCGGAAUUUGAGCAAACGCAGAACUCCCAUAUGUCAACUCUGGAUAGAUACAGGAAUAGAACCAGACCAAGUACAAUACAGACAAGCUUAGAGGAGGAAAAGUUUGUUCGUGAUAGGGCCCAGCCCGAAAAAUUGAAUAAACAGAACUCGUUCGUGAAAUCAUCUAGCGGAGUGCUGUCUCCGACGACCAUUAGUUCGAGCAAAGAAUCUAGUCCCUCGUGCAAGAGUGAGGCGAGUCACUUUGGUAACAGCAGCGCUUGGCAGAGCCACGCUGCUGGAGAAGCUAUGGCUGCCAGGUCCCAAGACGACGUGUCCAUUGCUCUAAGUGUAUCCAGCUGUGAAGAUGACAAAUCUAAAAUAGAGAACAAGGAACCAUUUAAACCACCUGAAGUAGAAGUACCAAAGAAAACAAUCGUUAUUAUGGAUGAAGCCCCGGUGCCACAUCCGUUGCUGAUGAAGUCGUUGACACUGAGUCAGCAUGACAGCCUGCGAGGCACUAUGAUGAGCUCAAUGACAAGUUCAAACUACAGCACCACAAGCACCUGCACGAAUCAGAGCGUCGACCACCACAACUUGACUCUCACAUUAGAAGAAUCCAAAUUCGACAUGUCCGCCCUAGAGACGUCCACUCAAAGCUUAUUGGAUGACGAAACGUCUCCAGCGGACAGCCUCAUAUCUUCCACCAGCAACAGCGACUCGAAUAACGAGCUGCACGUAGACAGGGACCCCCCUUCCAUAUCAAGCGCAUAUCAAACCUGUAACACGAAGACCAGAACUCCGGAGCCUGUUGCGGACACUCAAGAUAAAGUUGAUGGACAGGCUACAGAAUGUGUAAAGGAGAUGAAUGAAAUAGUUCAAAGCAACAGCGAGUCUGGUAGCAAGCACGCCACCCCCGACUCCCCGGGGACCCCAACACACGCCUCGGCCUCCCUGUCCCUGUCGGACGGACGAGAUUUCUUUGACGACGAAAUAGCAGACCAGCCCGCCUUGCUCUUCCGAAAAAAUGCUGACGGCAGCCCUUCAAGCAAGGCCGUGGAUUCAGAAAACAGCAAGCAUCUCAGAAGGUCGAGAGAACGUAUUACUUGCAGUCCGUUGGCGCAGAGGAAUAGAAAAAUUUGUGGACUUCGAAAUGGCGGCGCUGAACGGACUCCAUCCUUGGACACGUUGUCGAGUCUCGCCUCCGACGACCUCAUGAUGGACAAUGACCUCGCACACUCCAUAACCAGCCUUCAAAGCGUCGAUGACUACAUAGAGAGUUUGCAUAGGUUGGACAGCUCCCUCCGCAGCGGCCUCAACUCUUUAGACGAGAGGCAACUACAGCAGGAGUUAUCGUCAUCAAAGUCUGCAGUGCGCCAAUGGAGUCAACUCCUGGAACAGAGCAACAUGUUGGACCGGCAGCUCGCCGCUAUAUCGCAGGGCAUAAGUGCACCGGACUCGCUAACCGCAAGCAACAACAGUCUUACCAGUAUUGGGGCCAGCCUGCCCGUACGCACGGCGCGCUUACUUCAGCGUUCCCGCACUCAGACUCCGUCGGAAGGGGGCGUCAGUGAUGGGAACGCGUCGCCCGCGCCCGCCUCGCUGCUCCAAGACGUGGUCGACAUCAAGACACUGCUGCUGCAGCUUAAGCGGGUCUUACAGGAGCCUGGGGAGGAGCUUCAUUCGAUGAGUAGCGAAACUCUCGACCCGUUGCUAGCGGCGUGCGCGGAGAGCCCCGCGCGCGGCAACGGGCGCCGCCCCCCCGCCUCGCCGCUGCACCCGGACGCUUGCGCUGAGAUGCGCCGACAAAUAAUUUACUUGCAGGGUCAGCUAGAAGAAAGGGACCGACUGGUACGCGUGCUGCAGUUACAAAUGUUGCGUAUGGCCGAAAGCCACGAGCCUCGCAGCGACGACACAUGCAACGUUGCAACGCAGACCGACCGGCUCCGACCACCAAUGAGCACCACACUAACGAGUUCUGACAAUUCCGGAUUAGUGAGUUGGAAUGAACAAGCUAGUACGAGGAAGCUGUCGUCACUUAGUGAAGCACAAAAGUCUAAGAGACCUGUCACCAACGGGACCGUAAAGUGUCAGUGCGGCGCGAGACAAGCGAACGGGCUCGCCAACGGAGACGACGUGCACACGGACAGACGGACCGACUCCGUGCACUUGCGAACUAACAGCCGCGUCGGCACUAAAUACCUGCAAGCUCUAGCCGGCAGCACAGACAAGCGCUACAUCAAACGAGACUCUUCUCUCGGCGAGAAAUCCGAACGAAAACCCUCUCUGUACACGGCCAGGUCGCGCUCCAUCGAGAACUUCCACAACCAGCUCACGACCGCAGACAGGGUCACUAAACAAAUCGUAAUAGAGGAGAUGCCGCUCGUCAAACAUCACACGUCGUACGGAGACCUGUACACCGGCAGGAUUAGCAGCAAAGAGAGCGUGAACGGCAGCAGACGCAGCCCCGGCCUCACGGGGCAGUCCACCGACACCGACUAUAGCUCGGACGGCGGCUACAAAUCCUUACCCUCGUCCAUCAACUGCAGCACCUCUCCUAAGAAGGUGAGCGGCAUCCCGAGGAGAUCCAUCGAGCAGAAGAUCCUCUCGACAAAGCACGUAAAAGCGAGCGCCAUUUGAACAUAAGACGCUGUGCAACUGUGAUACGUCGCGGAUCUCAUACCCUGUCACGAAUAUUUGUUGUUUCAUUGCGACUCUAUGCCCGUUCCCCCAAUAGCUAAUUACCAUUUUGACUUCAGUGUGCUUAGUGCGAGUUUUGUUAAUGUUCUCGAUAGCGUAAAAGUUAAUUUUGUAUGCAGUUGGAACAGCGUCCCUAACGGCAAACGUAGGCAAACGAUCCCAUUCCAUACAAAUAUGAGCUAACUUUUACGCUAUCCAGAACGUUAAGAAACUCGCACUAAGCACACAGAUAUCAAAUCUAUAUAAAUAGACACAUUGUAAGCUCACAAGCAAGCCCCAAAGUGGUUACCAUCAGCCAUUGAUAAUGGGUUAAUGCUUUUAAAAAAAAAAAUGAAAUACCUAUAUGACGGUUGUGUGAAGUCUCGAUGUAACGUGACUGUAGCAUCGCCGGUUCGUCUGCGGUCACAUUGAGAGCGAUAAGCCACAGCAACGCUUGCUCGCAAAUACAUCAACUCGUCCUGAAGCUAAGCUAUAGCUUACUAUAUAACUUAAUGUACCUUUAGUUGAUCGAUGCCAAAUUAUCGAUGUUAUAAUCUGACGUUAUGAAUUAAUUUCCACAAAAACUAAUUAUGACGUGAAAUGUUUUAGUCAUUUCUUAAUUUAUUUCUUGUGCAUUUUUUUUGUUUGUUUGUAACGUAAUUCGAACUGUACCAGAGUUAAUGGACGAACAAACAAACUAAUUUUCAUAGAAUCAAUUUAUUAAUAUGUAUACAGGCCGAUAAAAAUGUUAUCUUAGAUUUUCUAUGGUAGACAAAUUAGUAGAUAAAGCUGUUAUGUGAUAAGUGUGGCUGUAAGAACGUGUAUUUAAUUUCUAUAUCUUCCCUUUAUUGACAUAAUGAUUUGUGUAUUUAAAUGUAUUUGACCUAAUAAUGUAAUCUUUGGUAUUUUUUUCGCCAAAUAUACUUAUAAUUGUUGUUUAGAAUCCUUUAGGUAUCGAACAGGUACAAGUAUCAGCGUAUUUAAUGAAUUUCGUGUCGUAGUGGAGAUCGCGUAUUUUUCUGAUGUAUUUAUCGAGUUCACAAACUUUAUUCGUCUUAAUAAAAUCUGCGCCUAAAACUUACCUAAUGUUGAUACCUAGAAUGAAUUAAAUAUAUACUAUUAUUAUGUACUUAUGGCUAUAUACCAACACGUUAUAUUGCGCUUUCCUAUGUUAGUUUCGUAAGAUAUAAGCCAGUUAGCUUUAGUGAUGGUUAUAUUUAAUUUUGAAAUUGAAGUUGUUUCAAUAAAUGAUUUUAAUUUUGA